AACUUAAUUUGCUCGUGGCACACGGGCGCACACGUACUCAGUGGUAUUCGGACGUCACUACGAUCGUGACGUUGACACGUACUUUGACAUAUAUUUUCUAUUCUCCGGCUGUCUGUAUUUUCUAUGUAACCGCUCAAGUGUCGUCGCUUAACAAGGUUUGCUUGCGUCGACAACACAUUUUUCCCGAAACAAUUAUUAUUACCGUUUCACUGGAUAAAGAGAGCUCGAGAUAGCUCUCAAGUUCCUAAGGGCGUUUCGUGGGACAAUAAUUCCUUCCCGCAUCCGUUCGUCUACGAAGCUACCACGAUUGCUAACAAAAUGCGACGUUCUCAUUCAGGGGGUUACGGCUACGAACCUUUACCAAGUACGUCUACCCACAAUGCUGUGGAGGACGAGAACGAGAGGAUGACUGAAGAACUGAAGGACAAAAUACAUGCUUUGAAAUCAUUGUCGAUCGACAUUGGUACCGAAGUGAAAUAUCAAGAUAAAGUGCUAAGAGGCAUGGAUGAUGACUUUGAGAGGACAAGCGGUUCGCUAUCUGGUUCCGUGGCGCGUGUCUUGCGUCUGGCAAAGGCAGGCCACAAUUAUUACAUCCUAUAUUUGUUUCUUUUUUCUAUAGCAGUAUUCUUCGUGUUGUGGAUAGUGUUGAAGUUUAAAUGAUUGUACGUAAGAUCUAUAGCUAAGGUGAAAUGUAUAUAAAACGCAUUUAGGAUAAAAGUAGAUAUUUUAAAUAAGUUAUUUGACUAGACUUGGAUUUUUUGCAUUGUUUUAUCGUACAGGAAGUACUCUACUCUCAUUUUAUAGACUAACAUACACGUGUCGAACGUAAAUAUUAAUUUUAGAUGAGUAGCGAAAUAUGGUGGACUCUUGGAUGAAGGAAAUAAAUAUUUUUUUACGAAUCUGUAUACGCUUAAAUAAAGAAUUGCAUGUGUAAGUAAUA